ACUGCAAGACCGGGACUGUUAAAGAUUCCAUCUUUUUUCAAUGGGUCUCUCUGCGGUAGUCGGCAGAUCAUCAGAGAAUGGGGCUGAACAAGCAGAGAUGUGCGCAGAGGGCGGCGACGGCGGCGCUUGGGGUGAUGGGAAUUUUCUUGGUGGGAUACAUUCUUGGUCCGCCACUGUACUGGCACCUCAAGGAAGGCUUAGCAGCAGUCAGCCGCUCUUCUUGUCCUCCUUGUAACUGUGACUGCAACUCUCAACCCCUUCUAUCCAUUCCUCAAGGAUUGAGCAAUGCUUCCUUUACAGAUUGCGGAAAGCAUGAUCCGGAGGUGGGUGAAGAUACAGAGAAGAACUUUGCAGAGCUGUUGUCAGAGGAACUGAAGUCGCGAGAAGCAGAAGCCUCUGAGAACCAGCACAAGGCCGACAUUGCACUGCUGGAGGCGAAGAGGAUGACAUCUCAGUACAUGAAAGAGGCAGACAAGUGCAACUCCGGGAUGGAGACGUGCGAGGAGGCGAGAGAGAAGGCUGAUGUGGCACUGGAGGCGCAGAAGAAGGUGACCGCAACGUGGGAGCUGAGGGCCCGCCAGAAGGGAUGGAAGGACAAGUCGUCUUCCAAGUCGCGAUGAGAGCAUGUCAAGUCCUCCAAGCCUUGCCAUGUACAUUUGUUCAAAAUUGUUCCACUAAUGACUCUAGCCUCAAAGGAUCUAGCUCUCAUUCUUGGUGAUUCAAGAUGAUUGUGAUGGAAAUGAUUCUUAUGGUCUAUGUUUUUUUUAAAAUCGUUCUUCCGGACAAACAAACAAACAAACAAGCAAGCAAAGUACUAGGCUUGUCUUUCUGGUUAAAAGGAUCUUGCAAAUGGAGUGGAUGUUAUCAUCAUUCUCAUAAUGUUAUCAUCAUCCUCGUACUUAUGGUGGAGCUUUUUUUUGCUCGUAUUUCCUUUUUCAUUGCAUUAAAGAGUUGAAUAUCUA